CGGGGCUAGCAGAGCAAUGCGCCGCUUAGGCUUUGUUCAGAGUCAGUCAGCGAACACGCCUCCUCUUGCUCCCCCGGAGUCCCAAGUUCAAAGGCAUAGAGCCGGAGCCUUGCGCUACUGCUCUGUGUAAUUAAGACCCAUUGGGACUAAUGUUAUAGGUAGCCUGAAGCCAUUUUGUGCCCAGCCAUAGGCAGCCUGACGCUUAGGUCGCAGGACUACACUUCCCAGCAGGCCUUGGGCUCCAAGGAGCAUGCGCAGUACCCAUCUCCCGGGGCCUCUUCGUUCAGUCUUCUCCAUGCAGCAGCAGCAGGCGGGAGAGAGGAGCCAUGGCCAAAAAAAUGAAAGCUGUUACUGAAGACCAACUGUAUCUAGACUACAUUCAUCAGACUGGAGACUGUAUCUUUCCUCUCCACACGUCUAUAUCCUUGUUCCUGUUGUCAUACUGUGACUGCAAGUCAUUCAGUGUUUUUCUAGUAUCUCCGAAUGAAACAGCCACAAAUUCCCCGCUUGCAGACAAAGUACUAACAGAGGACCUAGAUAUUUGCUUCAUCAAAAGAGGUCAACUUCCUUUGCUAGUCCAGAGCUGCUCUUUACCUGCUAUUGUUGAGAAGGAUGGAAGGUUUUGCCGAGCAGGACUUGCUGUGGUAUUGAGGCAAAUCGUACAUAAGACAUAUGAGGCAGAUCCAUCUAAAGAAGAUAUUCUGGAACUUUUGGGAUUUAAAAAGACCUGUCUGAAAGCUUGUGCUGAAGUUAGUGAGUGGACCAGACUUUGUGAAAUCAGCAUUCCUCUGGCAGUUGAAAACUUUUUGCAGGUCUCUCCUGAUCGGCGUCAGAGUAUUCCAGAGGAGAUACUGCAGUUAGAAAAGAAGUUGGGAGAACCUGUCAGAGUGCAUAAUGAUGACAAAAUUCGAAGGCAGAAAGUUCAACAGCAAAAGACCUUUGUCAAGGAAUCAAAUAAUGAUAUUUCUUCACAAGAGGAAAAUGUAAUAGACGUUUGGGAACCCUGUGGUGCAGAUCUGGAACUGAGAGUAGCUCUCUCUAAAUUAACUCUGCAGAAUAUACAAGGUGCUACCUCCAGGGAGCCUUCUCACAUUAGGAAGAUGAAAACAUCAGAACUCCCACAGUUGGAACAUGUUUUUGCAGAAGGACUUUAUUUCACUUUGGCUGAUGUCGUUCUCUUUCCAUGCAUCUAUCAUUUUUUUGAUUUCAGCAAGAACAACCAUCUUAGCAUCUCACAGUUGCCUUUGAUAUCCGCUUGGUACCAGAGAGUUCAGGAAGUACCUGGAAUAAAACGAGCUGCUGCCAAAUGGAAUAUGCAAAUGUGCCAGUAUGUGGGGGCAUCCUCUUUAUCAGAUGAACAUCUACAGAAUAUCAGCACAGCCUCUGAUAAGUCAGAAGAGGAGCUUGAAGAUGCUCAUUUUAUAGGUGGACCGAGGCCAACCAUGACAAAGUUAAUGGAAAAUGGCAUUGAAGCAAAGUUUUCCCCUCAUCCUUGUGCCAGUUGGGUCUUAGACUGGGAUAACCUACCAGCUGCUGUUAAUCCAGGAAAAGGAAAGAUGUCCAGUGAUCGUGCUUUAAGGAAACAACAGCAACUCAACAAUUUGGUGGCUUUAGUGACAAAACUGGCUAAGCCUGGAGACAUGAUCGUUGAUUUUUGCAGUGGUGGGGGCCAUGUUGGAAUUGUUCUUGCUCACAUACUGCCAUCAUGCCAGGUUAUAUUGGUGGAAAAUAAAGAAUUAUCACUAGUCCGUGCUAAAGAGAGGAGUGAUGAACUAAGAUUAAACAAUGUUUGGUUCCUCCAAGCAAAUAUGGACUAUUUUAAAGGAGUCUUUAAUAUUGGGGUAGCAUUGCAUGCUUGUGGAGUGGCAACAGACAUGGUAAUUGAACGCUGUGUCAAAGUUCAUGCAGCAUUUGUUGUUUCCCCUUGCUGUUAUGGCUUUAUUCAGAACACAGCCAAGUUUGCAUUUCCACAAAGCCAUCAAUUCAAGGAGGUGUUAUCCUAUAAGGAGCACAUGGUUCUCUGCAGAUUUGCUGAUCAGACAGCUGUCCAGCUUUCCCCUGAACGCAGGCAAAUAGGUAAAUGUUGUAUGGGACUAGUGGAUCUGGACCGGGCUUGGAGCGCAGAAAAAAGCAACUACUCCGUCCAAGUGAUAUCCAUGGAACCAGAGACAUGUUCCCCAAAGAACAAUUUGAUAGUGGGUGUCCCAAUCUAGUUCAAAGGCUUUUCUGAUCAAUUGAAACCAGUAAUCAAGCCAUGUGUUCAGUGUCUAGUAAUAUUUGAGAUAUUAAACUUUGCCUGGGAAGCAGACAUUGCACAUCUUGAAUCUAUUGUCUGCAGGAAAAGGAAGUAGAAAGGAAGAGACUUGGCAGUGGGAUUGCCUUGCAAAGCUUCCCAACUCUUGCUUGAAAUCUUUGAUUAAAUGACAGCUAGUUUUUAAAGCAGAGGUAUCUCAAAAUGUUCAUCUUAUUGUAUGGUAAUAGCAAACAAUAAAGGUGCUGUUUUUAAAUAAAUAAAUAAAUAAAGCUUCAUUACUGGAAAGAUGUUUGCCUUUUCUAUGAAGAUGAGUCCUUCCA